AUGAAGUACGCGGCAAAACGAAUUGCUAUUUUGUGGGUGUGGGGCGAGGAGUGGAUCCAGUCGCGGCACAGCACACGAUGGCUCUCGUCGGCCAAACCGGCGUCCCACACAAACGAGUCGUCCGUGGCCGCCUGGAUGGCCGCACGUGCCGCGGCUGCAGCCGAGGAGGCUGCUGCAAAGGCGGCUGCUCAGGCGGCCGCUCAGGCCGCUCAGGCGGCCGCUCUCGAACGGCGCGCUACCUACCCGACGCUCGAGCACGACAACUACGACCCCGGCCCCCUCGCGGAGCGCAUCAGGCGCGACAAGCGCGAGGCGUCCCACCGCUCCUCCGACGACUCCUCCUCCGACCAAGACACAUGCGGCACCGGCUCUACUAGCGAGGCGAAUGACAUAUUCGACACCCUCGACGACCAUCUCGGCUACGGUUCCGACGGUUCCGACGACCAUCUCGGCUACGGUUCCGACUCCGGCUCCGGCUGGUAG